UUAUAGGUAGGAUUAAUGAGUUUUUGAAGAUAAGAGAAAGGUGAGGCGAAGUCGGAGGAGCUUAUUUUUGUCAGUAGUAAAUAAUAAUAUUUGACAAGAAAAGAAAUGGGAGAUAGUUCUGAAGAGGAAUUCAACUGUGGAAAUGUACCUGACGACGAAAACUGGGUAUUGUACAAGGAUCGGGAAGAAUGGAGUGACCUAACUCCAAUACCGCAGGAUGACGGUCCUCAUCCUAUUGUUGCAAUUGCUUAUUCCGAAAAAUUUCAGGAUGCCUACGACUAUUUCCGAGCAGUUUUGAAGUCUGGAGAAAAGUCAGAACGCGCGCUCGCGCUGACAACAGAUUGUGUCUGGCUUAAUUCAGCGAAUUACACAGUAUGGCAAUAUAGAAGGGAGAUACUUAAGGCUCUUGGGAAGGACUUACGAAAUGAGUUAAAGUAUAUUAGUGGGUUGACCAGGUAUUAUCCUAAGACCUAUCAAAUGUGGCAUCAUAGAAAAAUUAUCGUCGAAUGGCUCCAAGACGCUUCCGGAGAGCUGGCAUUUACAGAAAGCAUUUUGAAAAUGGAUGCAAAGAAUUAUCACGCCUGGCAGUAUCGCCAAUGGUGUAUAAAGACAUUUAAUUUAUUCGAUAACGAAUUGGAAUACGUGGAACGUCUCUUGAACGAGGAUAUACGCAAUAAUUCUGCUUGGAAUCAACGGUAUUUCGUGAUAAGAAAUACAACGAAAUUCGAGCAGAGUAUAGUUGAUAGAGAAAUUGAUUAUGCCUUGGAUAAAAUAGAUUUAGUCAACGGAAACGAAAGUGCUUGGAAUUAUCUUAGAGGAAUUUUGAUGAAAGAUAGCAGUGGUUUGGGUUAUAAUGAGAAAGUGAGACAGAAGUGCGAGGAGUUGUAUAUGGACGGGUGUCGCACUAAUCAUUUGUUGGCCUGCAUCGUAGACAUUUGUCAGGAGAGAUCUAUAUCGGAGGAAUCGCGAGAUUCAUUGUUCCACAUAAAUAAUGCUCUUAAGAUGUGUAAAGAUUUGUCGGAGAAGUAUGAUACGAUACGAAGGCGAUACUGGGAUUUUGUCGGACAACAGGUAAUGGAGAAAUUAAAGCAGCAAUCUUAACUAACUUCUGUACAACUGUGUAGAUUACUUCACAUUUUUAUAAGGAAUACUUGACUUAAUUCUGAAUAUACUACGAUCUUUUUACUUGGAGAAAUGCUAUGUAUUAUUAGUUUCCAUGUUGAAACGACGGUGAAUGUAUUAAUUAUAGAAUAAAAUUGUUCAGAAAAGUGAA